UGAGUGGGGGUUCAGACGUGUGCACAUCGUCCCGUCAGUGAGCAGAGCUGCAGGUAUGGCCCAGGGGAAGGUAGCAGGAGACGCAGUGAGGAGUCAUCAGGACUGUGCAGAGCUUUACUCUGAUAUGGCUACUGUCAGCUCCACUGCAGAUAUAGGAGAGUCGGUGAGGAAAGGGUCACUGUGUGAGACCUCUGUGGGUGUCAGCCUUGGCAGGCGGGGCAGGGUCUACCCUUCUCCGGCCAGGAGGAGACACCGCACCACCUUCAGCCACAAGCAGCUGGAACAGCUGGAGGUGGCCUUUGGACAAAACCAGUAUCCUGACAUCUACUGCAGAGAGGAGCUGGCUCGCGUCACCAAGCUCAAUGAGGCUCGCAUACAGGUCUGGUUUCAGAACAGAAGGGCCAAACAGCGGAAGCAGGAGCGCGCCUCACAGAAACUUCUCCCAGUCGGUGUGAUGCCGGGUCACAGGGCGCUGCUGGGAGGCGUGCACGUCCAGCCGCCCAACAUGGCUAGACAGUACUUCACCCAACCUCUGGCUCAUAUCCCCCGCCUCCCUCCCAUGCUGCCCUCUGGGGCGUACUCCCGCCACUCGGCCCCAGCGGGCCAGUGCCCCUGCCCCAGCAUCCCACCACAACCAGCCAGCCAGCGGCAGCACGACGACUGGUACAACCCGCUGAGGAGCAACCUCACCUCCAACAUGUUCUCCCUGGCCUCCAUGCAGCCUCUGGACCCCGCCUCACACUGGAGCUAAGAAGUUACAGAAGCCAGUUUAAAAAAGCCAAAUAUACAUUAAAAUGAUUUUAUUCCUUUGUUUUCAGCUGCAGAAUAUUGAGUGAUCAUGAACAGUCCUUCUCAGCUCGUUUUGUAUUCACAUGCACGCUCGUACUCAUUUAAGCAGAGUUAACUCAUUUCAGUUUUAUUUCCCCACAGAGUCUGAAGCUUUAGGCCGUGGUUGCAAGUCAGCCUUUUUGAAGUGAAAGAACUCGAGAAUAAAUUCAGAUUUAUUGAUGUGCCGAAAAGAAUUAUAAUCCAGUUUUGUGCAAAAAUGAUACCAGCGGCGAGGCUCCACAGACUGAUGUGUAUCUGAGUGCAGAUUUAAAGCAGAAAACUGAGUGUGAAACUCAGCACGCAAAGCUUCAACAUCGUGAUUAAACUGCAGACACAUAUUAGUUACAAGUAGAAAGUCUGGCCUUGAUUUUGGCUGUAAAAGUAUCUUCAGUUUCAUACAUAGUGUGGGAUCUUUGAGUGCUGAACUUCCAGUUUUCCAAAGGUGUUUAAAUUAUUGCCGAAUAUCAUUUGACAAGCCCAAACUCUUAUUCAUUCUGAUUUGAACCUUUCCUCAACAGCCACUGCUGGGGCAAGAGCUACUGCGAGUGCACUGUGGGUUGGUCAUACUCGUCUACUAUUAUAAGUUAACCCUUUGAAACCUGGGCAAAUUGGCUUGACGUUGUUCAGAAACAUGGGAUGAAGGCAAUAAGCAAUGA